CGACACGUCGUGGUGGGCGCCCACGCUGCGUCCCUUUGCAUCGUCUCGGCUCCACACCAUAGUCCUCCGCCUCCAGGCUCCAACACCACACCAUAGUCACGCUAGGGAUCAGUACAGGAGUAGGGAAGCAUCUCUCACAUCGAUCGACGAGCGGCGCUAGCUUGGAGCCUUGGAUCCAUGGAGUCCCCGCAGAAGAAGGCUGGAUCCAUGGAUGGCACUGGCAGCGAGAAGACGCCUCUUCCUCAUCUGCUGCCGGUGACCGUGGCGAAGAAGGCGCCUCGUCCGGAUGUUGUCCGAGAGGUCAGCGAGUGGGUGCUCGUGACCGCCUUCUCCUUCGCCUUCGCCUUGGUGUUCUCCUUCGGCUUGGCCUACGCACUCGAGCUCUUCCACGUCCAGUGCAGCCAGUCCUCCCUCUUUCUUCGGUGCGGCCUGCUGACGGACGCGGAGGAAGCUGUGAUGAACGCCCUAGGUAUCGGGAUGCUGUGCUGCGUCGCGCUCCAGGCGGCCGCAGCGGCGCUGUGGGUCCGCCGUGCCCUCGCCUACCUCGCGCUCGCGCUCACCAUCGGCGGCCACUGCUUCUACGCCGCGCUAGCCCGCCUCUUCCUCGUCGCCGACCCAGGAGACCUCUUCUUCAGGAUCUGCUCAACCGUGGGCAUCUUCGUCUGCGCGGCGGGAGACACCAUCAGCUUCCUGGCCCUCAUCCUCGGCCGCGAGUAG